AUGCGCCGUCUACUGCUGACGGGGCUGCUGGUGUUUGUCGUGCCCGACACGCCGGGACAGGUGGCCUUCGGUUGCGUCUUCGCCUUCCUCAGCCUGUUGGCGUUUGAGCGCCUUCGGCCACACAUUGACCACCUCGACAUGGAGCUCUACCGUACGGGAUGCCUGGUGAUCUUCUUCACCAAUUUUCUGGCCCUGAUGAUCAAGGCCAACGUGGCCAGCCCUGACUCUAGGGGCUGCAAGGUAUACUCGAUCGUGCUGAUCAUCGUCAACGUGCUCUUCUUCCUGUCCAUCUUCUGGGAUACCUGGGCGGCGGCUAAGGCCUCCUCCAGCAGACGACACGUGCAGGACAUGGUACUGGGAGUCGAUAUCGUCAACGAGAAACAGCUGGACAAGAUCAUCGGCCCCAAGAAUACCAAUGUCAAGAAGACCAACCAGCAGAAGCUCGACGACGCCCUCGGCCCCGAUGAUGGCGCCGGCGUCGACAAGGCCGUCGAAGACGGGAAGAUGGAAGACCUUGAGGCUGCCCCCGCCUGGGAGGCGGACCCGGACGACCCUCCCGACUCGCCCAUCGACAUCAGCAGCCGGGUUUAUGCCUUAAACCCCAGGGGGCACUCGCUUGCGAGCACGGUGGCGAUACCCUCCACCGUUUGGGGGGCUCCGUCCAUCAACGCGUCUCCCAGCGGUACCGGCGGCUCCAGCGUCGCUGGUAGAUCCGUCAACUCUGUCGCUUCUGCUUCUGCUUCUGCUUCUGCUACUCCUCCCCGGACGGUGCGUGGGUCGUACCCUGUUGCGUGGGGCGGUGGAGGGGGGCCCGGGACCGGCGGUGGGGGAUUAGCGAGAAACGCCGAACCCCCCGGUGCGGAGCCGUCGCCGUUGGCGGAAGGGGCAGAGUGA